AAAUAAUAUUGUAAUCUUUUAGGCACCAGCUAAUAUUGUCGUAGCUGUGAUGAAAAACGGUACAAAUAAAUAUUCAUCUAAGCCUAGCGAGCCUACAGAAGAAGUCAUCAGACAGUAUAUGCUAAGGAGUGGUGACUAUUGGGAUGGCGUGUGGAAAGAAGAUGUGAAGCCAGAUACUAUACUAAGAACGAAGAAAAAGAAACAUGAAAAACAAACACUAGAUAUCCAGCCCUUCACAUCGAAGCUAGUCCCGGGCACCAAGUUGUAUGAUCUUCUCGCUAGGAUUGUAAAGAAAUCGCCGAAACUCUUGUACUUUAUCAACAAUUAAUAAUAAUGUUUAAUGCAUAGCAAUAAAA